GAGGGAGAAGGAGAAGAGAGUGAGGGACAGAGGGAAUAGUUUCCAUCAGCCACGGAGCUCAACGCAGGGCCACCUCCACUCAGAGCGAACCACGCCCCGGGGGACAGGGGAGACCGUGACCCCCCACUCCCCCUAAAAGUGCCCAAAGUGCGGUUAUGGAAGGGGGAAUGGACUGUGAAGAGGAGUUUUAGUCAGGUUACACAUUGACGACAUGAAGUUUGGGAAGAGCAUCUGCGUGCUCAACGUAGGGGGAACCCGGUACGCCUUCACCCGUGAGGUGAUCAGGGAUUUCCCUCUCCGGCGCGUCAGUCGCCUGCAUGCCUGCGCAACCGAGAAAGAAGUCCUUGAACUGUGCGACGACUACGACCGGGACCGGAAUGAGUUUUUCUUCGACCGCCACGCGCAGGCUUUCGUGUUCAUCAUGCUGUACGUGCGCUCCGGUAAACUCCGCUUUGUCCCCGGAGUGUGUGAGCUCUCCUUCUACACAGAGAUGCUCUACUGGGGGCUGGAGAGCGCGCACUUGGACUCCUGCUGCCAGAAACGUCUGGAUGACAGGAUGUCCGAGAUCGGACUUGACAGUAUGUCUGAGGGGGACCUCAGAGUGUCGGGGGAUGAGUCUCAGAGCCCGGGCGAGUCGGUGCAGCGGAUUGCGCUCACUGGUCGCGCUAGAUGGCUUGAGAAGAUGCGCAAGGCAUUCGAGGAGCCCAACUCUUCGCUUGCGGCGCAGCUGUUGGCUUCAGUGUCCGUGAUCUUUGUAAUCGUUUCUAUGAUAAUGCUGUGUGCUAGCACCCUGCCGGACUGGGAUACAGCCAAGAGAAAUACUGUGGAGGAGCACAGGAUAGUAGAGGCAGUGUGUAUUGGUUGGUUUACAGCAGAGUGCAUAGUGCGCUUUCUGGUGGCCAGAGACAAGUGGGACUUCCUCCGCCGGCCACUGAACAUCAUCGAUGUGAUUGCCAUCACCCCCUACUAUGUCACCAUGGCAAUGGCCCGUGCAGGGAUGCCGAUGGCUGGGCUCGGGGUUGCUGGAGUGAUACUGCGGGUGCUUAGGAUGAUGCGAGUGUUCUGGCUCAUGAAGCUGGCCAGACACUUCCUGGGCCUGCAGACACUUGGGCUGACACUCACGCGCUGCUACCGGGAGAUGGUCAUGCUGAUGGUGUUUGUCUGCGUCGCCAUGGCGAUAUACAGCGCUCUGGCCCAGCUUCUGGAGCAUGGCUUGGACUUGGGCACGCAGAACCACGAUUACGCCAGCAUCCCGGCGGCCGCCUGGUGGGUCAUCAUCUCCAUGACGACGGUGGGGUACGGGGACGUGUACCCUGUGACAGUUGGAGGACGGGUGCUCGGGGGAAUGUGUGUAGUGAGUGGCAUUGUCCUCCUGGCACUGCCCAUCACAUUCAUCUACCAUAGCUUUGUGCAGUGCUACCAUGAACUCAAACUCCGCUCUGCCAGAUAUGCACGCAGCCUGUCAGCGGAGAUACUGCGAUAAACACACAUUCUCAUCAGACAUCCAUGGCCCUGCCUACACCAGACAGAAACUCAAAAAAACAGUGAAUCUGCUGAUCCCAUAGUGAUAUAAUUGAUCAGCUCUGUGCCCUGCCCUCUUUCUUGCCUGAGCCACACCUGAUUUUAUUUGGCUCGUCUAGUUCCUGCUUGUUGUGUUGAUGAUCUCCAGUGAUCAUCUUCAGCCAGCAUGCUCUGCACCUGUCUCCUUAACAACACAGUUUGCACAGAAGAAUAGGAACACACACAAAUAAUUAUUUAUUAAACACACACAGGCACAUUCAAUCCAGUUUUGACACUGGCUGCUGUUUACACUGUAUUCCCAUGGUGACAACAUUGGCAGAGAUGGCUGCUUUUUUUUUUGUACGCUGCUAGUGCUGUGUGUGUGUGUGUGUGUGUGUGUGUGUGUGUGGUGUGUGUGUGUGUGUGUGUGUGUGUGUGUGUGUUUGUCUUGCCAUCAGCCAUUCACUUUGUCUAAGCCUUGCACCCAGAUGGUACAAAUUACACAAGAUUGAUGUGUGACCUAGAUGCAUUCUGUUAAACCUGGGGAAUAUAGUGAAGGAGUGAACAAGUGAGUGGGGAUGGAGAAGGGGUGUACAGGGGGCUUAGUGUGUAGGAGUGGCUUAAGCCAGGGAUAAUGAAAUAUGGAGACAGGUCAGCAAGGACUAAUGAGGUGGCAGACAAAUACUGAGGUGUCAGAUAUGACAGGCCAGAUUGAGUGUGAAAUGCAGCAUAAAAGAUUGUGGGACAAAAAUGACAGGAAUGACAGAAUGUGGAGCAAGCCUGAGCGUCAAGAAUGAAUAGCUGGAGUGUGUGUGUAUUGCUUCUCCAUUGUGAGCGAAUGUAAGGCAUUUUGUAUUUCUGUGUCUCCAAGGCAACCUCAUCCUCCAACAUGUCAAUCAUGAUGGCGGUUGAUUUGUUUCUGCACACAAGCAGGCCACAUCCAUGCACCCCUUCUGGCUUGGCAUGUAGCAUUUUUUGUCCCGCGAUUGUGGGGAAUUAAAUAUCACAAAUUCCUAGAAAAAAAAAAAACACACACACACACAAAGGAGAGCAGAGGCUGCCACAGAUUAUGGUUCUGAUAUUCAUGAUUCAGACAUGUUUGCACUGUCCUUGCGUUUGCAAAGAUGAUAUGAUUUGUUGAGGAGACACAUGAUCCAAACAGACAAGUCGACACUUCUCCCACUCAACAGUCUUUCUCUGCAUCUCCUCUCCUCUUCCUCCUGUUGCCAUCAAACGUCCUCUUUUUACGCACACACACAUGCACACAGACAUAUCAAAAUCCUGCUCUUUUGUUGCAAAGGAAAUUAAACAAUUAAUGAAUCUGA